CUGCAGCCUCGUUGCUAGUUCACUCGGGUCCAGAGCACAGAGCAGAUGUUUGCGUGUUUUGGUUUUCUACGCGCAAGAUCUAUGAGUUUUUCUGGUGUUCCCUUUCACGCAACCCUCGUUAGAUCUAGAGAAGCGCUUGAAAGUUUUGAUUUCUCAAAGCCAGCAUUACAGCACAGCAAAUCGAUUCGCCUCCGCUGGUUUCCUAGCAGAACCCUUUCCCUUCCCCUUCAGCGCCCCACCUGUGCAACGUCGCUCACAGACGCCUGCAAUGAGUCCCAUAUCCAGCCCUCCCCCGGAGUACGUGACCAAACCCAACAUCGUAGCACCCACCCACGACUAUUCUCACGGUCCUCUCUUCUUGAUUAGGAGCACCACAGACGGCGGCGAAUCAGUUGCCUCAACGCGCCUGACGAGCAUCGAUGAAGCCCUGCGUGGGUUCCUAGACGACCAUGUGCUCUUCAAGAACCUGGACGAGACGUUCAUCAACACCGUCGCGGCGUCGAUGCAGACGAGGGUGUAUGGGGAUAGCGCGUAUAUUAUCCGCCAGGGGGAGGUUGGACGCGCGCUAUUUUUUAUAUUGAAGGGGGAGGUGGAGAUUGUUUCGGAGGAUGGCGAGACCGUCAUCAAUGUCAUGAAAGAGCAAUCCUUCUUCGGCGAGGUCGGUGUCCUAUUCAGCGUGCCACGGACAGCAUCAUGUCGCGCCCGAGGGCGCUGCAUCCUCGCCACGCUCACCAAAGACGCUCUGCAAGCGGCUGUCGUAGACCACCCCGAGGCAGCCGACCGCAUCCGCACAAUCGCCGAGGAGCGGUUCAGCAGCUACCUGAAGCAGAAGGAGCGCAAGGUCUUGGUGGAAUUUGGGCAAGAGCUGGCAUUGGGGAUGACGCAGAGUGACCUGAAAAAGAUCCCGUUAUUCCGUGAAUGCAGUGUAGGCUUCCUCCACCUCCUCACCUUCAAGCUCUCCCCAAUCCAAUUCCGCCAAAACGACAACAUCAUCAAAAAGGGCGACGCGGCGUCCGAAAUGUACUUUAUCGUGCACGGCACCGCCGCGGUGUUCAACGAGGCGGACGGGACCAUUUUUGCCGAGUUUCAUCCGGGCUCCUUUUUCGGGGAGGUCGGCAUCUUCUUCGACGUGAAGCGUACGGCGUCCGUGCGGUGUCUAACCAAUACGGCCGCGGUGUUCAAGUUGACGAAAGUGGACCUGGAUGGGUUGUUGAAGCAGUUUCCCGAGGUUAAUGCGCUGAUCCAGAAGGAGGCUCAGGCGAGGCUGCAGUAUGAUGAGGAACGGAGGAAGUUGGCCAAACAGCAUGAACAUACGGAGAUUGAGGUUGUUCGGGACAAGAUUAGAUCGGUGUCGCUUUUCAGGAACGCGGAUCUAGGCUUCUUGCAUCAGCUUGCCCUGCAAAUAAAGAUGGUGGUGUGUCAAGCGGGCCAGGUGAUCAUACGAAAAGGCGACCAAGGAAGCAGCAUGUUCUUCGUUCUUGAAGGCACGGCCGAAGUUGUGUCGGAGGACGGAAAGCAAGUCUUUGCGGAGUUUCAUACCAAUGGCUAUUUUGGUGAAGUCGCACUUGUUCUAGACGUAGAGCGAACAGCGACGGUACGGUCACGAGGGCGGACAACCUUAGGUGAACUCCACAAAAAUACACUCGACGGCGUGCUGGAGCAAUACCCCGAGUUCAAAGCGAAUCUGCAAGCGAGCGCACAGCAGAGUUACGAGCAGUUUCGGAAACGACAGCAGAAUGUGGAGAAGAUGGGAGCGGCGAAGGAGGCGUUUGAGAUCGAGGCGUCUGCUUCGCGUUUGAAGCAGGUGCCCAUGUUUCAAAAUUGUGACGACGCAUUCCUCCGAGCCAUGGCGCUCGCAACAUUCCCACGGCAAGCGCUCGACGGCGACAUCGUAGUGCACCAAGGCGAGACUUCGUCGGAGAUGUUUUUCGUCGUGCGCGGGCAGGUGCAGAUCGUCUCUGAGGAUGGAGGGACGGUGUACGAUACGGUGCCUAGCGGCGGUUUCUUCGGCGAGAUUGGGUUGCUGAAGAACAUUCCUCGGACGGCGUCGGUGCGGAUCGCGUCGCCGAGCUGUGAUCUGAUGGUGUUAACCUCCGCCGCGCUCGAUAGUGUGUGCAAGCAGUACCCAGAAAGCUACCAGACGAUUGUCGUGGAAGCUAACCGCCGCAUGGAGAAGAUUGAACAACGGCAGAGCAGUCGAGAUGAUUUGAGCGUGCGAGCCACUGAGGGGCCGGCUACUGUGGCGGCUGACGGGGCAGAGACAGAACGGCUAAAAUCGCUGUGGGACGAUGCCGCGGCGUCUGUAAAAAAAAGUGUGGAGGCGCAAAAGGCUCGAGACCAGAUGCAUUCGUUGGCGGGCAAAGCGGAGCCGGAGAUCAAGACGCCGAACCGACCGUCGUCGUUUGGCCGGAUCUUUUAUACACGGCAACAGAAGGCGGAAGUUCCGGAAACCAAGGGUACAUCGUCAAAGAUCGCGAGCCCAGAGCUGGUAACCCCAGGACAGUCGAGCGAGAAUUUAACCGAGGUGCAGAAAGGAGCGGUGCCCAAGCGCUCAUCGUUGGUGAGCUCGUUCCUCAAGUCCCUUCGACCGGGUAUACUCAAACGCAGCGGCUCAUCCAAGAACCAUGCGAGCACCUCUAGCCUGGGAAGCGAGCCAGAUAUCACCACACCUGUACCUGUCUCGCGGCGCCAAUCUACUUAUGCUGCGCCCAGACCCUCAGCUAAGCCAACUCUCCAAGAACUUGAUGCAAAGAUCCAGCGCAUCAUUCUCUCGUACCUAGACCCGAUAACGCGCCUGUCAAUGCGGUGUUUGUGCAACGAGCGCUAAAACGUUUGUUUGCUUCUGGGAGUUGUCUGGAGACCAUUUGGCGGGCCUGGAUAUGACGUCCUGCUGGAAGCUCUCAGAUACUGGACUGCAGACAAUGGCGAGGAUGUGUCCGAAUCUGGUAUACCUGUCCUUAUCAAAUUGCUGGAAGUUCACGGACGCCGGGCUCCGUCACGUCACGCAUGGGUUGAGGAAGCUCCGGGAACUGGAUAUCAGCUAUUGCGGUCAGCUUCGAGGGACUGCUUUCGCGGGGCACAAACUCCACAAGCUUGUCAUUAUUGACAUCUCGUACUGUAAGCAAUUGGGCGACGAGCAGGUGGAGAGCAUAUUGUCCGGCACGCCGCUUCUAAAACAGCUCAAAUGCCGGCGAUGCAUUCGCUUGACCGACCUGAGUGUGUUCCAUGUCGUUCGCUAUUGCAGGUACUUUCAGACUUUCUAUUCUCUGCAUAGUGCUAUGACGAGCUCAUCAUGAUACAUUCC